CACCAGCUACUUGGUUCCGCUAUCGACGGAGACUUUUAGGGCCUUCCCCGACUGUCACCUGGGUGCCGCGGCGCCGGUGGGAGGAAGAAGCCGUCCUAGCUGUGGGCUGUCCUCGCGGCCAGCGGGAAGCGAGCGCCCUCUCGAAAGCCCAGGGGUCCCGCGACCCCUCUUACCAGAGCCAUGGCAGUUCCAGGUUGCAACAAGGACAGUGUCCGAGCAGGCUGUAAAAAAUGUGGCUAUCCUGGUCACCUGACUUUUGAAUGCCGCAAUUUUCUCCGAGUAGACCCCAAAAGGGACAUAGUUUUGGAUGUCAGCAGCACAAGUAGUGAGGAGAGUGAUGAAGAGAAUGAAGAACUGAAUAAACUGCAAGCAUUACAAGAAAAAAGAAUAAAUGAAGAAGAGGAGAAGAAAAAAGCAAAAAGCAAAGAGAAAAUCAAGUUGAAAAAAAAAAGGAAAAGGUCUUAUUCAUCCAGUUCCACUGAAGAGGACACUUCAAAACAAAAGAAACAAAAAUAUCAGAAGAAAGAAAAGAAAAAAGAGAAAAAGAGUAAGUCAAAAAAGGGGAAGCAUCACAAAAAGGACAAAAAGAAGAGAAAAAAGGAAAAGCAUUCCUCUGCCCCUAAUAGUUCUGAAAUCUCCAAAAAGUAACUGAGACUUUGGCCUGAACCAUUAAAUUAAAAAAUUUGGUUUUGAAAAUUAUUGGACUUUCCUUGAAAUUUGCUAUAUAAUUAUGCUUUGCAAUAAAUCAGAGCCUUUUC